AUGCCCAACAUGGAGGGCACGGCAUCCGACGAUAGUCGUACAGAAUUCAAGCCAAUCCUUUCUCAAUCCAGCGUUAUCCGACCAAUCCAAUUCAAUCCGGACAAACCGUCGCUGUGGUUUGCGCAGAUUGAAGCGCAAUUUACAAUUUUGGGGGUAUCGAAAGAAAUAGAUAAAUUCUAUCACGCGAUUUCCGUAAUCGAUGCUCGCUACGCAGCAGAAGUAGAGGACAUCAUUGUGCAACCGCCUGGUGCAAAGCCGUACUUAACCCUAAAAGCGGCACUUAUCACGCGUUGUUCUAAAUCUAAGGAAGCUAAGCUUCAGCAGCUUCUAGAGGGUGAAGCAAUUGGCGACCGUACGCCGUCUCAAUUUUUACGUCACCUCAAGUCGUUAGUAACUGGGGUCGGCGAAGAUGUCAUUAAGGCAAAGUGGCUGUCCGCGUUUCCCAAAGACACCCGCGCCAUGUUAGCACUGCAAUCAACCGCCUCAUUAGAUGAGUUAGGUGCAAGCGCUGACAAGCUGCAUGAAAUUCUUCAGAAUAGGCAGACAGCCGCGGUAACACUUAGUUCGGGCAGCAAAGACUUAACUACACAAAUCUUUAAUUUGACCAAACAAGUGGCCGCGCUGAACACUACGUUCAACAAUCACCAGUCCAGGUUAGGUGGCAGACAACAAAAACCAUCACGACACAUGUCACUCAGUCACUCGAGAAUUCGUAAACUGAAUUCAAAUGGCAUCUGUUACUAUCACGCCAAGUUCGGAAAAGACGCAAAACGCUGCACCGAGGGUUGCAAAUUCUCGGGAAACGCAAAAGAGAGUGACUAG